CGGUUUUUGGACAGCAACCAUAGAUACAGGAGACGCGCAAAACUUGCCCCUUUCCUUCAAUUUUUAAUUUAGUUUUUAGUUCGUCGUGGAAAUUCAGUUUGAACAGUCGUGUACCAUGUCUAUCGAAUAUAAACUUGGUGAUUUAGUGUGGGCAAAAAUGAAGGGUUUCAGUCCGUGGCCCGGCCGGGUAGCCAUCCCGACUCCUGAGCUGUCCAAGCCCCCGAAAAAGACGGCUGUGCAAUGCAUCUUCUUCUUCGGCACCAAUAACUAUGCUUGGAUCGAGGACAACAACAUCAAGCCGUACCAGGAGUUCAAGGAGCAACUCAUCAAGUCCUGCAAGACUGCUGCCUUCAAGGAAGCCGUCAGCCAGAUCGAGGAGUACAUCGUUAACCCCGAGAAAUUCGGUGACAUCGACGGGCACCAACGCAACCCUGAAGAAGAGUUUGACAAGCUCAAAGAAGACAUCGAGAGCGAAGAACAAGACUCGCAGGCCGAGGAGCCUGAGCCUGAGCUGGAGGUGAAGAAGAAGACGGCCACACCUAAGAUACGUUUGGGUUCAAAGGUGAAACCAAUCAAGCGAGCCUCCUCCGCCGGCGUCAAGGCCCCGGCCAAGAAGAAGAGCAAGAGCAGCCUGUCUCGCUCCUACACGGACCCGGACGUGGACGAGAAGCCGUCCAUGUUAAACCACUCUUUCUCGAAGAAGUCCAGCUUGUUGCAUCGCCCCUCGAAUAUAUUGAGACCUGAAACCCCACCCCUCGACCUGGAGAACGUGUCCGACACCCUCCUGGAGAAGAACAUCAAAGCCAGCCAGAUGAAGUUCGGGUUCCUGGGGCUCGGCAUCAUGGGCAGCGGCAUCGUGAAGAACCUGCUCAACUCCGGGCACAAGGUCGUCGUGUGGAACAGGACUGCUGCCAAGUGCAAGGACUUCGAGAAAGUUGGGGCGACAGUAGCGGUGACACCGUGCGACGUGGUCGAGGAGGCCGACAUCACCUUCUCGUGUGUCGCGGACCCACAGGCAGCUAAGGAGAUGGUGUUCGGCAACUGCGGCGUGCUGCACUGCCAGUCACUGGAAGGCAAGGGUUACGUGGAGAUGACCAGCAUCGACGCGGACACCAGUCACGACAUAGUCGAAGCUGUGGGAGGCAAAGGCGGCCGUUAUCUGGAGGCACAGAUCCAAGGAUCAAAGACGCAAGCGGAGGAGGGCACCCUGAUCGUGCUGGCGGCCGGCGACCGGUCGCUGUUCGACGACUGCCAGUCCUGCUUCAAGGCCAUGAGCAGGAACUCCUUCUACCUCGGCGAUAUCGGCAACGCAUCCAAAAUGAACUCCGUGCUACAAGUCGUAGGCGGAGUGUCGCUGGCAGCACUAGCGGAAGGUUUGGCCUUAGCUGACCGAGCUGGCCUCAACCAGGCUGAUCUGCUCGAUGUACUGGCUCUCACUCCGUUAGCCAGUCCACAUCUCAUCCUCAAAGGCAGAGCGAUGAUCGAGUCGUCGUACUCGACGCACCAGCCGCUGUCGCACAUGCAGAAGGACCUGAAGCUGGCGCUGGCGCUGGGCGACGCGCUGGAGCAGUCGCUCCCGCUCUCCGCCACCACCAACGAGAUCUUCAAGCACGCCAAGCGCCUCGGCUACGCCAACCACGACGUCGCCGCCGUCUACAUCCGCGCGCGCUUCUAGCUGACCCAUCACCACCACCACCACCACCACCACCA